GUCAAAUUGUCAGUUGUCAACAUAACCUAAAAAGUUCACGAAACUAUUUUGCGUAAAAAAUACAAAACUAUUUGCAUUUAAACGAACUAAAAGUGCUACCAAGCAUUUAAAUUAAACUAAAACUUAAAACUAUAACUAUUACACAAUGAAUUUAGCACGUAAAGUCUGCACAGUUCACCACAGUUAUGUCACUAAAAACCUUUACCGAAAAUUCCGAUUUUCCGCAAUAAACUACGAUAAUUCAACUGCAACACAGCCUCAAGUCAAAGAAGAGAAGUUCAACUUCGAAGACAUCAACAUUCUAGAGCGAACAGAACGCCGUAAAGCGCAAAUCCAGCCAUUCAUGAAAGAUAUAUUCACAUCUGUAUUUAACAAAGAGUUACUCGCUUACCCGGAGAUUUUAAACAAAGAGGAGACUGAAUCUUUAGAUAAACGUAUCGAUAUUAUAUCCAACGUAUUUCAGAACCCGCAAAAAACAGCCGCAGAUCGUAGAAAUGUGUUAAAAAAUGCUAAAAUUUAUGCUGCUCCCAUAAGUCUCACAAAAAAUGGUUUAGCUGCUAAUAUAACGGAAAGUUUGAGGUAUUUAGAGGUCAUAGCUGGUGAUUUCCAACUUGGGCAGGAGAUUAGUGACCACUGGGUUGCACUCCGGGCACUGCAAGAAGGUUUAACUCAAGAGCAAUUGUCUAUGAUCAUCGAUGAUCUUGCCUCUGGUGAUAAACCAGUGUCUCUGGCUAUUAAAGAGAGAGUUGCUGAGAGGAUUUCGCAGGCUGACUUCAGGACUAGUGCUGAGAUGGAUAGCCAAGGUGUAUGGUAUAUAAGCGGUGAGAAGGUCUGCAACUACAGCAACGGCUACAUCCUGGUGUUGGCUUCGUACGAGUCCGCACAGUUGAGAGCAUUCCUCGUUCAUCCGGGAGCGGCCGGAGUCAGCUCCAAUGGAGCUUUCAUUUCUUUCAUGAGGACUCCAGCGACCCCACUAGAAAUGAUAAAAGACGACAAGUUGGCAAAGAUCCUCGGUCUCUCUCGCCUGUUCGCGGCUGUGCUCUGCCGCUGCCGACUGUCUGCUGCUGUCCAGAGCGUCGUGGAGUACACGAGGCCUAGGGCUUUCUCUGGCAAACCACUAGCGGAACUGACAACAAUACAAUCCUGUGUCGGGAACGCGGUGCUUGACAUCUACGCGAGCGAGAGUGCCGAGUACUUCACUGCUGGACUCCUGGAUGGGUAUGCCGACCCUGAUGCCGAGGUCGAAGUGGCUAUGUGCAGAAACUUCAUAGCCAAACACGGCUUGACAUCGAUGCUCCAACUCCUGAAUAUACCAGCGUUGGACAAGGAAGAGGAAUGCAAACAGUUGCUGGACAACAUGCGGCAUGUAGCCACCAGGGGCGAGACGCUCGAUAGUGUCAACAUGUUUAUUGCCCUAAACGGCAUCCACCACGCCGGCAAAGUAAUGUCGGAGGAGGUGAAGCAGAUCAGGAACCCGCUGAUGCAUCCAGCGUUCAUAUUCAAGAAGGUUAUAGCUAAUAGGCAUCAGGAGAAAGACGAUCCAAAACUGACUCUGUACCUAGCAGAACACCUCCACCCCUCAUUGAAGCAACCAUCGGAACAGCUGGAGUACUGCGUACUUCGCAUGAGGUUCGCAUGCGAGACCCUCAUGGCGAGACACGGCGUCAAAAUAGCGGCGGCUUACACAGAACUGAAUCGAUUGGCUGAAGCGGCGACUGAAAUAUUGGUUAUGUCGGCAGUCUUGGCUAGAGCAUCAAGAGCAUACUGCAUUGGCCUAAGAAAUUCUGAAAUGGAGAUGAAACUAGCAGCUUGCUUCGUAGAGAAAACGAGAGAUAGAGUAAAGAAAUUAAUAAAAGAAAUAGAUGAUGGUGAAUACUUGAACUUGGACCAUUUUACUACCCAAUUUGGUAGGAAAGCGCUCGACAGUAAUGCUACCAAUCCUACCUUGGUAGAAAAAGCUACGGCGAGAGUAUUUUGGUAGGAUUUUUUGGGAUAUAUUAUUAUAAUGUAUUUAAGAAUUGGUUUAGUUGUUAUUUUGUAAAUAAAUAAAACUAGUUUAUUGUUUU